CGCUAUGUUCAUCCCAGGCUCAUCAUAUUAUCAUCAUUUUUUGUUGCUGAUGGCAAGAUGAGGGAUGCUCGACGUCCCCGUGAAUCUGUAAUGUUCCCACUCUAUGGGUGACCCCUCCAUCUCAAUAUGUCCCUCUACACAACCUUUCCUACUUCUUCUUUGUCUUAGCCAAUGCUGUUUCUAUGUACAUAAUAAACCCUCCGUGAUUUUGGAUUAUGACUCGACCUACCCAUGGCCACUUCACAAUCCCCUCAUCCCUUGGACCUGACAUCCUCGCCACCUAUCUUCAUCCUUCCUACGCACUUGAAGCCAAAGGAACUUCACGAGACGGAAGACCUGAUCGUUCACUCUGGCGGGCACUUGACGUAUGAUGCCAACGAGGCAAGACUGUUCAUCGGCAAAGUCUCUCAGAAGAAGCGUGCGGCAUUUGAUCUUCGGGCCAGGGGAGUAUGGACAGAAGAGGCAGCCUUGCCAGAGAGCAGCUCCAACGGACCGGGAGAUCACGAACAGGCCGUGGACGAAGGCCCAUCAAGGAAGAAACCCAAGCUUGCAGAUCGUCCCAGCAAAACUCAGCCCUCGACAGGACGGAGGCGACUGAGUUCAAGUACAAUUUCUGCUUCUUCAGAAGAGCCUCUAAAUGAUGGUCCAUCUCCGCCGGCACCAGUGUUGUGGCCUGAUCUUUCAACCCAUAUUCUCAUCCUCAAACUCUCCUGGCUGGAAGCUUGUCUCAAGGAGGGCCAUCUGCUGCCAUAUCAACCUUACAUUGUCUAUGCUGCGAGGAUCAUUCCCAAGCCUGCGGGUGAAGUCUCUCCAAAAGUGCAGACGCCCUUGUCAACAUAUGCCAAGGUAGGACCCGGAUCCCAAUCUCACACCACCACGGCACGAAGAGCAUCCAAACCGACAGCGUCAACGUCCAUCCUGGAACGCGCAAAAGCCGAAGCAGCGACCCUUCCCUCCUCAUCUCGCCGCCGUUUUGGCGAUCAUGCACACCACCACUCUUCGUCGCAGGCAGACUCCACCCAACACAAGCGGCCUAAGCUUCAUCGCACCACGACGUCUGAACUUGAAUACCAAGCCGAACACCCACUGCCUCCUCUUCCAGACUGGGCAGUCGGUCCAAAUGCAGCCUACGCAUGCUGCCGCUCCACACCCAUGAAGACCCCCAACGACGCUUUCAUCGCUCAACUGACCAAGAUAAAGGAAGCCCGGGUACUCAGGCUGGAUGACAUCGGCGUCCGCGCUUACUCGACCUCCAUUGCCUCGGUCGCCGCCUACCCCUACCACCUCACUCAUGUCGAAGAGAUCACUCGCCUUCCAGGCUGCGAGUCAAAAAUUGCUGCGCUUUGGCGCGAAUGGCAAGACUCUGCUCCACCGGAGGCCGACGAUUCGGAAAGGUUCAUCCAAGUCGUCCGCGAUUUGGACGCUGAUCAGGACCUUCAGCACCUCCGAGUAUUUUGGAACAUUUGGGGCGUGGGACCAGAUACGGCACGCAAGUUUUAUUUUGAGCAUGGCUGGAAGGAUAUAGAUGACGUGGUGGAGUUUGGGUGGUCGACCUUGACACGCGUCCAGCAGAUCGGGGUCAAGUAUUACGACGAGUUUAUGGAGAAGAUCCCCAGGCGCGAGGUGGAGUCGAUCGGAGACGUCAUUAUACGGCAUGCGCGAUCUGUUCUUAACAUUCCGGAAGCGAAGUAUGGCACGAAGGAGGAUGUAGAGCUCAUCAUUGUGGGGGGCUACCGACGCGGAAAGCAAUUCUCCGGGGACGUGGAUGUCAUUCUCUCACAUCGGGAAGAGUCCAAGACGCGGGAUCUCGUGGUGGAAGUGGUCAGGAGCCUCGAGUCGGAGGGUUGGGUCACGCACACGUUGACUCUGCACACCACGACUAGUGAUCGUGGGCAGGCGACGCUGCCGUUCCGUGGGGGCACGAGCCACGGGCACGGGUUCGACAGCCUGGACAAGGCGCUGUGCGUGUGGCAGGACCCCAACUACGCAGGCAAAGACCCCGAGGCGGACGAGGACGCGGCCCGCAAGAAGAACCCCAACAUCCACCGCCGCGUCGACAUCAUCGUCUCGGCCUGGCGCACCGUCGGCUGCGCGGUCCUCGGCUGGAGCGGCGGCACGACCUUCCAGCGCGACAUCCGCCGCUUCGUGCGCAAGACCCACGGCCUCAAGUUCGACUCCUCGGGCGUGCGCAACCGCGGGAACGGCCUCGUGCUCGACCUCGAGGCGCCGCGGCCGAAGGGCAACCAGGGCGCCCUGGAGAGGGUGUUGAUGGGCAGGACCCUGAGACGCGGCGAUUUCACGGCCGACGAGUGGGACGACCAGGACACCUGGGCGGAUCGCGAGAGGAGGCUGAUGGACGGCCUGGGGAUUGGGUACCGGCCGCCAGAAGAGAGAUGUACGGGCUGAGCACGAUAUUCGCUUUUUGAUUUGGAUUGCAUUUUUGUUUUCUUUUCUUCUUUUUAUUUUUUUUUAGAACGUUUUGGGUCUAUUCGGCAGCAGACGGAGCUUCUGAUGCAAUCGGAGCUUGCUUUUGGGGGGGUGUUUCUAGUCAUCAGUUCUUCUGCAUGCGCGAGACAUGGGCUUUUCUUGGUCGAGGAUCGAUUGGUCUAUGAUGGGCAGAGGGCAUGCAUGCAUCAUGAUGAGUUCUGAAGAAGCGAAACGAGCCUACGAUGACGUCCGGGGAUGUCCCACGGAAAUGAACAGUUCACACAUUUAUCCGAGCGAUCCAGAUUUCAUACCUAGCUUUUCUAUCACUGCCCAGGAAAAAGGG